CAUCCGCCAACCAGAUUUCUUGAAAAUACCUGAACAUCCUCGAGGAUUAGAACUCGAUAUCUAUUAUUCACAGUAUGGAUUUGCCAUAGAAGUACAAGGUAAACAGCAUGAGCAACAUAUAAAGUAUUUUCACAAAGAUCCGGAAGAAUUUCAAAAGCAGUUGAUGCGUGAUCAGAUCAAAAAAGAACUCUGUACUGGAACUAUUUUCUCGAUCCCUCUUAGCGAAAAAAUUCCUAUUAAUAAAGUUGAAGUCCCCAUAAAAUCGUUAACUAUCGAUUUCCUCAAGGAGUAUAUCUAUGAACGGAAAAAUAAUAUCCUUAAAGACCUUACUAACGACGCUUCCAAACUGGAACUUUGGCAUGUUAAUGUCGAAGAAGUUGUUGAUGUUUUUAACGAAGACGAUAUUGUACAAAAACUUGGAGGAAAUAAAAUGAAACCUACUUUUCUGUUUAGCGACUAUUUUAGUGAUCAACCUCCAGCGAGGAAAAUCCAUAUCAUCAUACAACCGCCCGUCACCAUUGAUCAAGAGCUCGCUGAUAUAACUCGUAUCAUUGCAGAACUUGGCUAUCUGCCUCGACAAAAUGGCCUUGGUGGUACGUUGCUACCUUAUGAUUCGUCUGAUUCGGGAUCGGAUUCUACCAAUGAAGGUGUUAAACUUAAUGAUCGUGACAUCAGUCUAAGAUUUGAUAUCAUGAAUAUUUUGAUCAAAGAACUUAUAAAUAAAAAAGUUUUACUUGUUCGGGCACCACCCUUCGCUGGAAAAACGUCAUUAGCCCAAAUUUUGGAGCACACAUUGAUUAACGCGCCAGAAUACUCACAUUGUAGAGUAAUCCGAAUUUCAUUGCUUUGGGAAGGAGGUAUCAAUUGGAAUAAUUUUGGUGAGCUGUGGACGGAAAUUGUUGGUAUAACUUGGAAACAGUGGAUACGUCAAUGCAAGAAAAUUCCAUCAAUUUUGAUAGUAGAUGAGGCUCAAUUGAUUUAUGGGGAUAAGGGAAUUACUGGCGAUGAUGAAAAAACUGCAGGUCAAUUCUGGAUGACCGUUAAAAGUCUCCUUCAGGAUUUAACGAGUACAUAUAUUAUAAUGUUUGCGGCCUAUGGAUAUAAAAGUUCUAACAGUGGCCUUGCGACUCCUGUCAAAAUACGGGAUGAAAAUUGCAAAAGUCUUGUUGACAUCAAUUUUUCCCCGGACGCGUUAAAAAUAUAUGUUGAGAAGUUCUGUAAUAUCCACUUCAAAAAAUUAGAUCAGCAAAGUGUCUUAAAUUUAUAUCAAUAUAUCCAAAUGGCAACAGGAGGACAUGCGGGUUUGAUUCGCCACAUCUUGACGAAUACAAAAUCUGAAAUGAAGAAGCGACUUGAUAAUAAGAAUUAUCGUCUAACCUGGGAAGAUAUACUCAAGUACUUAAAUUCAAGGAAGUUUGAUAAAUCUAUCUAUUCCGGCUGUCGCGCUGUACCAGAUGUUAAAUCAAUUAACUCGAAACAAUUAGCCUUAUGUGAAGAAACUUAUUUAAAAGGAAAAACUUCUUUCUCAGAUGAUGAGGAUGCCGUGCAUCUAGUUAAAACUGGAGUCCUUAUGGUUGUGGAGGAUAAUAUGUAUUUAACUUUUGCAGCGCCCCUUCUUAAGCGAUCAUUUUUUCAGCAAAUGUACGGAACUGAAGAUAUUGCCGUAGUUACUCCUACAGAUUUGUAUGAUUUUAUUGUGAGGAUUUUCACAGCAAUGUGUAACGAAUUAUCUAAGAAAAUUUUAAGGGAAACGCUUGGACAUGGAUCUGAUGGAAGAAUCCUGGAACAAACAUGGCAAAAGGAAUUUUAUAGAAUUGGUACACGGGUAUUGGGAAAGGAUCAUUUUUUGUCAUGUGAUGCGGGUUCAGCUUUUGGAUGUGACGGAAAAUUAGAUUUCUAUGUGGACAAGUUAGACUGGGCGAUAGAACUCUUGAGAGAUGGUGAAGAUAUGGCCGAACAUAAGGAAAGAUUUGACCCCAUAGGAGGAGAAUAUAAAGAGAUUGUUAAAUAUGCAAAAAGUAUAGCUAUUAUUGAUAUUCGCAGUAUAGGCAUUCUUGAUGAUCGUAGUGAAGCAAAAAAAGUUCGGGAAAUUAAGAAGGAUUUCAUACAUGUGUCAUGCUCCAAAGAUUUUGAUGCAUUUAAGAUAGAGAGUUUAGGUAAAGAAACUGUAACUAUUCGGUUUCCAAAUUAG